CUACCCAUAGAACACAAGCUGUUCUCUUCGGGAAAACGUUAAAGCUCCGUUCCCGCAUCUCAACUUCUCAAGGGCAUCGAUAAAAAGGAAACGCAUUCGGAAGGAGGAGAAAAGGGUAAUCGGAAGCGACGAAUUUUGACAAAGAAGCGAAUUUCGACACAAAAGGGUAACUGAUCGUUCUCAUGGCGGCUCUGGAGGAGCUAAAGAAGAAGCUGUCUCCCUUGUUUGAUGUCGAGAAGGGUUUCUCUUCAUCCUCAACUUUAGACCCAAAUGACUCAUAUUUGUUAUCAGAUGGUGGAACCGUUAAUUUACUUAGUAGAUCAUAUGGAGUUUACAACAUUAAUGAGCUCGGGCUGCAAAAAUGUGCUUCUUCUUCAGUCGAUGAGUCAGAUAAUUGUGAGAAGACAUAUCGGUGUGCUUCACACGAAAUGCGGGUUUUUGGAGCCAUAGGCAGCGGGGCUAGUAGUGUUGUCCAGAGAGCUGUUCAUAUCCCGGGUCAUAGAAUUCUGGCCUUGAAGAAAAUUAAUAUCUUUGAAAGGGAGAAAAGACAGCAAAUACUCACCGAGAUACGGACAUUGUGCGAGGCUCCUUGUUAUGAAGGACUAGUGGAAUUUCAUGGAGCGUUCUAUAGUCCAGACUCUGGGCAAAUCAGCAUAGCCCUCGAGUAUAUGGAUGGAGGAUCUCUUGCAGAUGUCUUAAAAGUCAAGAAGAAGAUACCUGAGCCAGUUCUUUCAUCUAUGUUUCUCAAGCUUUUGCAAGGACUGAGCUACUUGCAUGGAGUCAGACAUCUUGUUCAUAGAGACAUCAAGCCUGCAAAUUUGCUUAUAAAUCUCAAAGGAGAGCCGAAGAUCACUGAUUUUGGCAUAAGUGCUGGCCUGGAGAAUUCAAUGGCAAUGUGUGCUACUUUCGUUGGAACUGUCACCUACAUGUCCCCUGAGAGGAUCCGGAACGAGGGUUAUUCCUAUCCAGCCGAUAUAUGGAGCCUCGGUCUCGCCCUUCUUGAAUGCGGGACCGGAGAAUUCCCAUAUACAGCUAACGAAGGACCCGUCAAUCUUAUGUUGCAGAUCUUGGAUGAUCCGUCACCGACACCCUCUAAGAAAGAUUUUUCACCAGAGUUUUGCUCGUUCAUCGAUGCUUGCCUCCAGAAGGAUGCAGAUGCUAGGCCAACAGCCGAUCAGCUUCUGUCACACCCUUUUAUUACAAAACAUGAAAACGAAAGAGUGGACUUGGCCGCCUUUGUUCGGAGCAUCUUUGAUCCAACACAGAGGUUGAAAGAUUUAGCAGAUAUGCUUACUAUACAUUAUUACUCGCUCUUUGAUGGAGCUGACGAGCUUUGGCAUCAUGCAAAGACACUCUACACUGACACUUCUUCCACUCUCAGUUUCUCGGGGAAACACUACAAGGGAUCAACCGAGAUCUUCUCGGCAUUAUCAGACAUAAGAGACACGCUGGCAGGAGACUUACCAGGCGAGAAACUCGUGCACGUGGUCGAGAAGCUGCAAUGCAAGCCUCACGGGUCGUCGGGGGGAGUGGCGAUACGAGCGAAGGGAUCGUUCAUAAUAGGGAACCAGUUUCUGAUAUGCGGAGAUGGGGUUCAGGCGGAAGGGAUGCCGAGUUUCAAGGAUCUAUCGAUCGAUAUCGAGAGCAGACGGAUGGGUCGGUUUCAGGAACAGUUUGUCGUCGAGACAGCUGAUCUCAUCGGACGUUAUUUCAUUGCAAAGCAGGAGCUCUAUAUCACAAGCUAAGAGCUUCUUUCCUUCCGUAGACAAGAGUUGGAACUUCUGAGUAAGGUUCUUUGGUUUUGCUAAGGCUUUUACUUGCGCAUAUGUAGGUAAGAAAUGAAACAUGGGGGUAUAUAUGAGAAUUUUGUAAACUAAAGGGGCUAAAUUGCUAUUUAACUAUAAUGGUGCGAGUGGGAUUGCCAUUAA